AUGCCGUAUGCUCUUUCUUUAGUUCCUCGAUGUCGGCCAACGCAUUUCUCUCGUUACUGCGCCUCGGCUGCAGUGGCAUCCUUCCGGUGUAGUUCGACCGGUGACACGGGUGCCUCGGUAACUCUAACCCCCGGUGGUCUCCCUCGUUUCCACGUGCCUCUGCCUUCGCGCGAUGAAACCUGUAUUUUUGCCCUGCGUCCCCUCUCCAACACCGUCGGCGAUCUUGUGAAGGCCAUUGAAGCUGAGGAUAAGGGAGUGGAUCGAGUGGUUUUUCUGGGCACUAAUGGUCUGCGAUUCGCCAAAGCGAACAGCAUUGAAAUGCUGCUGGCCAAUGACUUUGUAAUGGAGAUUAACGACAAGAAAUUCCCCGUCAGCAUCUCAAAUUUGGGCCUGCCCAAGGACAUAGGACCGAAGGAGUUGGGGAGCGUGAGGGCACUGAUCAGUCGGUUGAACACUGUCCUCACUGCGGAAGACAUCAACGCAGAGAAAGAGAGGGAGAUCAAAAAACGCAUUGCCGACGUACAACUUCAACUAGAGCCCUUUGAGGAGAAGCGACAGGCGCUGGCGCAGAUGGCCUCGACACGGACCCGAAGGCUGACGUGGCUGGGCCUGGGCGCCAUGGGGCUUCAGUUCGGUCUGCUGGCGCGUCUCACGUGGUGGGAGUACUCUUGGGACAUCAUGGAACCUGUAACCUAUUUCGUCGGCUACGGUACCACCAUGGCUAUGUACGCCUACUUCGUCGUCACUCGGCAGGACUACUCCUUCCCGGGAGUCUUUGAUCGAGAGUACCUGAAAGCUUUCUACAAGGGCGCUGCGGCACAAGGAUUCGAUGUGGAGCGCUACAACAGCCUGCGCGAGAUGUUGGCCGAGCUGCAAUGUGACUUGCGCCGUCUCCGUGAUCCCCUCUAUGUCAAUCUACCCCUCCAGCAAACCAAGUAUCUCGUUAAGGAGUGUCUCCAGGAGAGCCACUAG